GCGUAUGUGGCUCUGGAGGUUGAGUUUCACCCUUCUCGGAGAAAGCCAUAUGUAUAUAAACCGAUAUAAAUGCCUUACCUGAUGCUCUGCCUUGCACAUAAUUCAAUCAAGUAGUAAUCAGCAAUCGAGGAUCGAAGCUUUGGAGAUUCCACCGAGGCAUUUUUUUUGUUUUUGUUGUUUUGGAGACAGUUUUGGAGUGUCUGCCACUAUUUUUACAAUUUUUGUUUUUUUUUUUUUGUAACUUUAAAAGUCAGUCAGUGAGUCAGUCAUAGUUAUAGUCACGAUUCCGUAGCCGAAGCCACCAUCUCGUCUUGGUUUUGGUUUUGGUUUUGGCUCGGCUGGCUUUUGGCUUUAACUUGUCGCCCGGCAGGUUCACAAAUAAGUGAAAGUGAAUUUGUUUAUUGUGUAUAUUUUGCUAUUACCAAAGCAAAAAAAAACAAUAACAACAAUAAUAAAAAAAAAAGACACACAUAACACUGACUACCAUCGAGCAAUGUUCACUGGAUCUUCAACAAAAAAACUAAAAGGAGAAAUAUAAUAGAAAGAUCUCGGCAAUUUAAUCAAUGAAGAUCGUUGUAGAACAGCGGAAACAUGUCGACUGCCAGCCAAGUGAUUUAUCUUCUCUUUCUUCUGAUAUUCCACACGGCCUCUGGAAAUGGAAAUGAGAAAACUCAUGCCUCCCAGGAAGUCUCUACUGUGACCUCAUCUCCACCUUCCUAUGCCAAUUUCACGGAAUUAUCAAAGGCAGUGGAGGAUUCCAUCAAAGAGUUCGAGGAGCGGCAAAAGGAACGCCAGCGGCCAGGACACACAAGGACUCGCCGAGCUGUGAAGCGAGUGUGCUAUGGCGAACUGGGCUGUUUUGAGGACUCGGGUCCUUUUGCCUACCUGGAGAUGCUGCCAUCCGCCCCGGAGGAGAUCAACACAAAGUUCUACUUCUAUUCCACCCGCCAGCGCUCAGAUCGUCCUCUGAUGGAGUUGUCCUUUCUGAAUAUGACGAGUGCUUUCCGCGGGAAACGAGACGCGGAAAAUAGCACCAGUUCGCCCGAGGGAAGUGGUCGCUCCUCGGGAUCUGGUUCGGCAUCUGGCUCUGCAGGAAGCCAGAACUUUACCACAGAAAGACCCACUAGCCAGAAGAAACCCUCAACACCGUCGAUUGAGGAUCUGGAGGGCUUUGACGAGCUCUCUGUUAGGGUCAUAGUCCAUGGCUUUGGCUCGGCCUGUCCGCAUGUCUGGAUUUAUGAAAUGAAAACGGCUCUAAUGGCGGUGGAGGACUGCAUCGUGAUCUGUGUGGACUGGGAGAAUGGAGCCACCUUUCCCAACUAUGUGAGGGCGGCGGCCAAUACACGUCUGGUGGGAAAGCAGCUGGCCAUGCUCCUGCGGAAUCUCCAGCAGCACAAGGGCCUGGAUCUGAUGAGGACCCACAUCAUUGGCUUCAGUUUGGGGGCUCAUGUGUCGGGAUUUGCGGGCGCCGAGUUGCCCGGACUCUCGAGGAUUACGGGCCUAGAUCCGGCCGGACCCCUGUUCGAGGCCCAACAUCCCAAGGUGCGACUGGACAGCAGUGAUGCGGAAUUCGUGGAUGUGAUCCACUCGAAUGGCGAGAAUCUGAUACUGGGUGGACUCGGCUCCUGGCAGCCCAUGGGCCAUGUGGACUACUAUCCGAAUGGAGGACGUGUCCAGACCGGGUGCUCCAAUCUGUUUGUGGGAGCUGUAACAGAUUUUAUUUGGUCUGCCCAGGCGGCGGAGGACGAGGAGGGACGAUCCUUGUGCAAUCAUCGACGUGCCUAUAAGUUCUUCAUCGACUCGGUGGCACCUCGAUGCCUGUUUCCGGCCUUUCCCUGCGCCAGUUACGACGACUUCCUCAAGGGCCGCUGCUUUCCCUGCGCCCAGGACGACGAGGAUCUGGCCGAGGGUGUGCCUCGCUGCGGCAACAUGGGCUACUAUGCCGAUCGCUCCACCGGUAGGGGUCAACUCUACCUACUGACCCGCGAGGAGGAGCCCUUCUGCGCCCACCAGUUCCAACUGCAGAUCUUCAAUUCCUUCAACGACCUGCCACUCCGUACCAUCGGCCGCCUGGAGGCCAUUCUCGAGGGCGAUGGUGGUCUCAACGAGACCUUCGAGAUAUCCGAGAAAGACGACGCCGAGUUCUUUGCCGGCGACAUCGUCUCCAAGAUCAUCGUCCCCCACCCGGCUCUGGGCUUCCCCACCACCCUCAGCCUGCACUACAAGUCGUACAGCGGGUGGCUGAGCAAGGGACUGCCCCACUGGGACAUCGACAAGGUGGUGCUCACGGACAGCUUCGGCCGCAGCCACUCGCUCUGUCGUCCCUCCACCAAGCUGAGCAGCGGCAGUCCGGUGCGAUUGCGCCUCCAGGCCGGAAACUGUGAGUUGGACAACCAGGAGGACUACGGAGCCUACACCACACAGCCACCGGGUCAGAAUGGCGGAGGAACUGCAAGCGGAGGGGGAGCAGGAUCAGGAGGUGCUACUGUCUCCCCCACGGAUGUCCCCGAUUCCAGUGUCCAGGAGUCGGCGGUGGAUGGCGUGGAGACGGUGAAGCAGCGCAAGGACAUCUUCAACUUGGGCACCAGCUUCAAGCUGGCCCAGAACCAGACCUAUCCCUUGGGCCAGGACGAUGAGUUGCCGUGGCAGCCGAUCCUCGUCGGCAACUCGCUGGACAAUGAAACCGCCGAGGCAGCCGAGUCCAGUCGCAGCUUGUCCGAUUCCCCCGGAGAGAUCUUUGAGCCCGUCCUCAAGGAUCGCCGCUUGGCGGUGAAUAAGGGACGGAAUCUCCAGGACUAUUCGGGAGAUGCCAGAGGCACUUCCGGAUCUGCUGCCGUUUCCACUCGACCGGAAAUCGUGGAGCCCGUCCUGAAGGCCACAACGCCGCGCGUUAAACAGGGCAAGGACUUGGACCUGGGACAGGAUCAGCCCGGGCAGGUGACAGCCACACCGCCCAAGAUGAUGGCCCAAAUGGGUACGGGCCGUUCGCCGGAUCCGGAUGAGCCGCAGACAGUGCAGCUGCUGCCCUUCCGCUUGGGGGAAUUACUCCAAAAAGCCGAGCGCUACGCCCGGGAAACCCUAUUGCCCUUGAUAUCCGUCCAGGCUCCCAGAUUUUUUGGCUUCAAUGUGACACCCCACGACCGGGAGGCAGUGCGUCCGGGUGAGUCCCGCAAGCCCCGGUACAUUCCACGCUACGAGGAGUCUGCCUUUCUGAAUGCCAGCAGCUCGUCCAGGCGGCGCUCCAAGGCAAAGGCCUCCCGACGAUCGUCGGUUGUCCAGCAGCAGAGGAAUCUCUUCCGGUUGAUGCGGGCCAGGUCCCAGAAGCAGGACCCUGCAGCUCCCAUCCCCGACAGAGACAGCGAGGAGAAGACCAAGGAGCCGGAAGGGAAGCAAAAUGAUUUCAAUUAUUAUACCAAUAUGCUGCAAACGGAAUCCAGGUCGAUGCGUCCUGAAAAUCCGGAAUACAGGCCCGUCUUCAUAGAUCUUCCCACCUAUAGGCCGCCAACUUCCGGUUCGGCGGCUGCUGGUGCUUCCGUCUCCACACCCUUGGCAGCAGCAUCCGUUUCCGCCGCGGCUUCCGUUUCGAAGGCCCGAAGACGCGGCAGAUCCUCACAACUGAUUCCCUGAUGUCCAGAACUCCAUGAAACUCAUAGCUCUCCCGCCAAAGGGGAUGAACACUUUGUGAUAUGCACACCAGAUCGUGGCUAUGGCCCCCCGAAACAUCAUCCCAUGAUGUAAUCCAUCAUUACCUGAAACACACACACACACAACCAAUCCAAUCCUCACCUGCUUGGAAGAGCACUGUAAAUAUCCGAAACGAAAACAAAGAUAUAGAAAUGGAAUUUCGAAAUGCUGGCAACACGCAUAGAAUAUAGUUUUAAGUUUAUGUUUAUAAUGUGAGACAAAAUAAAAAAUAAUUAUAUUUAAUACAGUCGAGGGUCUCGACUUUAAGAUACUAGAA